CAGCGUGCAGAAACUGGAGACCGUCGUUUUUCCACCUGCUGUGGUUUCUCACCCUGGGCAACAGCGUUCUUAUGAAUGCUGGUGCUGACAGUGCCGAAUGUGAUCAAGGCGCAUCUAUUCUGCUACGGUCUCUCAAUUUACCUCAAAACACAGAAUAUGAGAUUGUAUCUCCAUAUGAGGUCGACCACCAAGGCGCUUACGUCUCUCAUGAAAUUGCCCACCACCAGCGCAAAAGGCGGCGCAGAUCCCUCGCUUCAGACGCAGACUCAUCUGCCGCUGAAAGCAUCAGCGAAACAGUCCACUUCCGACUCAGAGGCUUGGGGCAGGACUUCCACAUGGAGCUGAGGGACGCCUCGGAAAGCCUGAUUGCACCUGGCUUCACCAUCCAGGUCCUGGGAAAGAAUGGCACCAAGAGCCUGAGGGCCUACCAUCAGGAUGACCUCUGCUUUUACCAAGGGUCACUGAGGUCAAGGGUCAACUCCUCUGUGGCACUAUCCACAUGCAUGGGGAUGUCAGGUUUGAUCCAAACACAGGAUGCAGAAUAUUUCUUGAGACCCGUGUCACACGGCUUGGCGCAGAUGGAGAACUUCACAGCGCCCUUCGGUCAUCAGCCACACAUCCUCUAUAAGAGCGAAAGGGACUCCCAAACACAGCGGCAACAUGUGCUUCAAAAGAGAUCCGCUGACAACACAGUGUUUGAACAUCAAUACAAGGGACUGCAAAAACAGCAUGACAACAAUAACAGCAACACUCAAGCUGACCUGAUAAAACAUCAUGGAAGUGGCCAACAGCACAAUGACCAUCGCCAUGACAGCGACUACAGACAUGGGGAGAAGCAGAAGCAACACUUCUGUGGGAGAAGGAAGAAAUACAUGCCGAAACCUCCAGAAGAGGAUAUUUUUAUCCUUCCAGAUGAAUACAAGUUUAUCCCCAGGAAUAAAAGGGCAGUGCUGAUGAAGAACAAGGCCAACCAGGGACUCAAUGUGGAGACACUUGUGGUGGUGGACAGAAAGAUGAUGGACAACCAUGGCCAUGAGAACAUAACUACAUAUGUUCUUACUGUGCUUAACAUGGUCUCAAGUCUGUUCAAAGAUGGCACAAUAGGGGGAAAUAUCAACAUAGUGAUUGUGGGUCUCGUCCUCCUGGAUGAAGAACAGAAUGGCUUAGUAAUCAACCACCAUGCAGACCACACACUGAACAGCUUUUGCCACUGGCAGUCCACCCUGGGAGGUAGAGAGGGCCGGCACCAUGACCACGCCAUCCUCCUCACGGGACUCGACAUCUGCUCUUGGAAGAAUGAACCCUGUGAUACUCUUGGGUUUGCGCCAAUUAGCGGGAUGUGUAGCAAAUACCGCAGCUGUACCAUUAAUGAGGACACUGGCCUGGGUUUGGCAUUCACCAUCGCCCAUGAAUCAGGACACAAUUUUGGAAUGGUCCAUGAUGGUGAAGGGAAUGUUUGUAAAAAGUCAGAAGGCAACAUCAUGUCUCCCACAUUAGCUGGUCACAACGGUGUCUUCUCCUGGUCUGCUUGCAGCCGUCAGUACCUCAGCCGCUUCCUCAAUUCUGCCCAGGCUUUGUGCCUAUCAGAUGAACCAAGAGCAAUCACAGAGUAUCAAUACCCUGAGAAGCUGCCUGGCGAGCUGUACGAUGCAGACACACAAUGCAAAUGGCAGUUUGGGGAGAAGGCCAAACUCUGCACCCUUGAUUUUAAGAAGGAUAUCUGCAAGGCUCUGUGGUGCCACCGUGUUGGGAGGAAGUGUGAGACCAAAUUCAUGCCAGCUGCUGAGGGCUCUGCUUGCGGCCCCGAUAUGUGGUGUCGUCGGGGCCAGUGUGUGAAACAGGGUGAUGAGGGUCCAAGGCCUCAGCAUGGCCACUGGUCAGAGUGGUCCUCCUGGUCUACAUGCUCUAGAAGCUGUGAGAGCGGCGUUACAUAUCGUGAGAGGCAAUGCAGCAACCCCAGACCGGCAUACGGAGGGAAGUUCUGCGAGGGUUCCUCCAGGUCAUACAAACUUUGCAAUACUGAAGACUGUCCCAGGAACACCAUUGACUAUAGAGCACAACAGUGUGCUGAGUUCAACGGCAAACAGUUCAGAGGCUGGUACUACACUUGGAGACCAUACACUAGAGUGGAUGAUCAAGAUCUAUGCAAGCUCUACUGCUUUGCUGAAGGUUAUGAUUUCUUUUUUGCCUUGGCCAGCAAAGUUAAGGAUGGGACACUCUGCUCACCAGACAGCUCUAAUGUCUGCAUUGAUGGACUGUGUGAGAGAGUUGGCUGUGACCGUGUUUUAGGCUCCACAGCUGUGCCCGAUGCUUGUGGGGUGUGUAAAGGAGACAACUCCACCUGCAAGAUUUACAAAGGACAGUACACAAAACAGCAUUUUACUAACCAGUACUAUGCAGUGAUAACCAUCCCAGCUGGAGCUCGGAGCAUCCGUGUGAUUGAACUGAAUUCCUCCACCUCCUACUUGGCUGUCAGGGACACACAUAGACGCUACUACCUUAAUGGCCACUGGACCGUGGACUGGCCUGGCCGACACCCCAUUGCUGGAGCAAUUUUCGAGUACAAAAGACCAUAUAACAGACCAGAGAGUCUCAUAUCAGCCGGUCCCACCAAUGAGACUCUAGUAAUAGAGGUGCUGUUGCAGGGCUGGAAUCCUGGUGUGCAUUGGGAAUAUACUCUAAAGAAAGCUGAUGAGAAACUGAUGAAGAACCGCAUCAAGCACAAUUAUACAUGGGCUAUCAUACGCUCCCAGUGCUCAGCCACUUGUGCUGGAGGCCAAAUGAACACCAAGUCAGCAUGCUACAAAGACUUGAAAGCGCAGGUGAAUGUGUCGUACUGCAAUCCCAGAUCAAGACCAGCUACUGGAUUGAUGCCCUGCAACACCCAACCAUGUCCUCCCAGCUGGUCUGUAGGAGAGUGGGGGGUGUGCAGCCGAAGCUGUGGAGGAGGGGAGCAGACUCGGCAGGUCCAGUGUGUCCAGAGAACCAGCCAGACUGACGUGGACACCCUGGCUGACUCUCGUUGUGCCCAGCCGUCCCCGGUCAGGAAGCAGACCUGCAACACACACAGCUGUCCACCGGUUUGGACAACUGGGUCGUGGUCGCAGUGUUCGCGUAAGUGUGGCAAUGGUUUGAAGAAGAGGACUGUGCUGUGUGUGAGCUCUAACCCGGGUGCCCAGGCACACACGCUGCCCAACAGCAAGUGCGCAGGCCUGCCAAAACCUGCUGGUCAGGAUUCCUGCUUCAUCAGACGCUGCCAGAAACAACGCAAGGUCCAGUGGUUUGUCUCCACAUGGCAAGAGUGUUCAGUAACAUGUGGUCGUGGCUAUCAGGCACGCUUCAUCAAGUGUGCAGAGAAGGACACUGCAGGAAAAUACAGAGAGCUUGCUCCCAAGAAGUGCCACCAUGUUCCCAAACCCAUAGUAGAGCUUCAGAAGCCCUGCAUCCUGGCUGAAUGCCCUGUCCGCACAACGCAAUCAGUGCACUACCAAUGGAAGACGCAUCAUCGGAGCUAUCCAGCCCACCCUCCACCUCGGCCAGAAUGGCGCUCGUCUCCUUGGUCUCAGUGCACGGUGACAUGUGGAGGAGGAGUGCAGGCCAGGGCGGUCCAGUGUCUGGCGGAAGAGAAACCUUCCACCGGCUGUGCCGUCCAUCUCAAACCUGCAGUGUCCCAGGCCUGCAAUACCAACUUCUGUCCACAACCUGAGAAGAAAGAACUUGCAUGUCAGGAUUACUUCAGCUGGUGUUACCUGGUGCCCCAACAUGGAGUCUGCAACCACAAGUUCUAUGGCAAGCAGUGCUGCCAGUCAUGUUCAAAUUCAAACCUAUAAUCCUAGGACGUGACUCAGUCCGCUGUACAGGCAGAUAGGUAGUUAGUCAAAAGACUGCAAAACAUGGUUGUGGUUUUAAGCAUGCGGCGAGCACUGAAAUACAAAGCCUUUUCUUUGGAAGUGCUCUUCAUUUUCUCUCUGCGAUGCCGGACAUCUGGAUACAAGAACUUGAUGUUGACAGCACUACACAGGAAUGUGAUCGGGAAAAAACAAAUAAAGACAAGAAUUAUGUGGAGGAACUAACAAAAUAGUAAUCGUGAUUAAAGCAAAUAGGAUGGACAUGUCUAAAAGAAACUGAAAAAUCCCAGCUUUGUUUAUAUACUGUAGCUGAAAAGAUCUGUACUCAGGACACUCAGCAUCUCUCAGUCAACCAAAGGCCAACGAUGGCAAACCAACAAAGAAAGACGUCUUCGAGCGCUGCCACGCAACAUGUGAUAUGCCCUGGUCUGCGCUGCAGACCCUGAUGAAUUGACAAUCUGUGGUUUCUUAAUGAAAAGGGACGUUUCAAAGAGACGAUAAAGGUAUAAAUACAUUUUGCCUUGAGCUUAAUUUUUUUUAAUUAAAAAAAAGAGAACAAAAAUGACAUGCUAAUCAAUGUGUAUUUCUU